AUGGCGGAUAUUAACCCAGCGUCGCCUAGCACUGCCACAUCCUACGAGACGUUGACCCCUCACAAGACCAAACCUGAUGACGUUGCUUUACCCGUCAACAUCUCCACUGUAUCAAAGAACCCGUGCACUCUCAGCUGGAAGAACCUCACCUACAUCGUCGAUGUGAAGAAGACAACGCACUGUCCUACUGGAAAGAAGAGUAUCAUCAGCAACGUCUCUGGACGCUGUGCACCCGGCGAGCUUACCGCCGUUAUGGGACCUUCUGGCUGUGGCAAAACCACGCUACUUGACAUUCUAGCAGACCGAAUCAGCUCCGGAACCAUCCAGGGUGACAUCGCGCUUAACGGCGAAACUCGAAACAUUAAAACCUUCCGCGCAGUGACGAGCUACGUGGCUCAAGAGGACUCGUUAUUGGGUUCAUUUACCGUUGUAGAGACGCUCGAGAUGGCAGCGAGGCUAAGUCUACCAAACUCCGUCACUUGCCACGCUAUUGUUGAACGGGUACAGAACGUCAUCGACGCCAUGGGGCUUCGUGUAUGCGAACACACUCUGGUCGGAGAUAUCUUCAGAAAGGGCAUCUCAGGAGGCCAGAAACGACGUCUAAGUAUCGCCAUCGAGUUGCUAUCCGACCCGUCGAUCUUGCUGCUGGAUGAACCGACUUCCGGUCUGGACUCGGCGUCAACACAUAACGUGAUGCAGUUCGUCUCAAAGCUCUGUCAGGAGAACAAGACUGUCAUCUGUACCAUCCAUCAGCCUUCGUCACUGGUAUAUGAAAUGUUUUCGAACGUCGUGAUCCUUACAGCAGGUGAGACGGUGUACUUCGGGCCUCGUCAACAUACCCUCGACCAUUUCUCGGCUUCUGGAUACUCGUGUCCGAUGUACAUGAACCCGGCCGAAUAUUUUAUCAGUCUCGUGAAUUCGGACUUUGAAGGACACGCAGAUAUCAAGAAGCUAAUUGAAAGUUACGCUGCUAGUUCAAUGGCCUCCAACGUCGUGAAGGCGAUCGAAGCCGAUGCUGCUAGUGUACGCAAUGCACCGUUCAUUCCAGUGAAGCCGUCGGCUCUUCGACAGUUCGUCGUGCUCAUGCAGCGUAACUCGCUCAACAACAUCCGUAACCCAGGCAUCUACUGGGUUCGACUCGCCAUGUACACUAUGCUGGCCUUCAUGGUCGGUACCAUUUACCUCUACACCAACGACGACAUCUCGGACGAAGACAUGGUGCCUCUGCUCUUCUAUGUUCAAGCUUUCUUGGUCUUCAUGUCGGUGGCUGUUCUACCUUUCUUCAUAGAACAACGCGCAGUGUUCUUAAGAGAACGCGCUAACAGCAGUCUCAACGUGUUCAGCUUUGCUCUAGCCAACUUCAUCGCCAGCCUACCGGGCAUCUUCGUGAUUGCUCUAGUGUCGACGCUUCUGGUUGUGUUGCUAUCGGGUCUCAACGGGUUCUGGUGGUUCCUGCUCAACCUGUUUCUGUCUCUCGUAGUGGCUGAGUCCUUCAUGCACGUCAUUGGAGCUGCCGUUCCUCACUAUAUCAUCGGCAUCGCGCUAGGAGCUGGUGUCUACGGUAUGUUUAUGCUGUGCGAGGGCUUCAUGGUCCCGAAGGAGACGAUCCCGGACUACUGGAUCUGGGCGUAUUAUCUCGCCUUCCACACGUACUCGUUCCAGUCUUUCGUGUACGAACACUUCAUCCACGUCGACUCUCCGACAGCUAAGGCGAUUCUCGUUCGACUGAACCUGGAGGACGUUAAUACGACGCACAACAUGAUCAUCCUCGCAUGCUACGCCAUCGGACUAGAGCUCAUUUUCACCUUUAUCUUGUACAAAUUCCACACUGGUCGUAGAUAA